UCUCAGAUUUUCACAGCUGAGGGUCAGGCCCAGUGAAGGCAGUUCCAGGCAACCCAGGCCUGCUGGGCCAGCCUACUGCGGAGGGGCGGGCCCUCUAACAGCUUUUAAUAUUCUGUUCUUAUGUGGAAUUUUUCGGAUGUUGAUUAUUAUACGUCUAGGUAUCGUUUUAUUUUGGUUUUGACUAUUUGGAGUGCUGUAUGCUUCACUUUAUCUGUAUGUUCAGUUUCCAUUCCAAUUUGGGAAAUUUUCGGCUAUUGUAUAAGUAGUCUUAAUAUCAUUUGUGUUGUUACCUUUUUCAUUUAUAUGUAUCAAUCUUAUGUUGUUUUUCUGUGCAUCAUCUUGUAGCUGUUGAAUUGUUAUUUCCUGACUUCUUGUUAUUUUUAAAAGAUCUUUCCUUUGCUGUUCACUAGCUGCAGUCUUGUCUUUGGAGUCUGAAAGUCUAUCUUCACUUUCAUUGAGGGGGUUUUCCCAACUUUUGAUGGAAGUUUGGUUUUCUGGAUAUCUCUUUGAAUCUGUUUCAUGCAUUCUGUUUGUUUCUUAUAUUCAUUGAAGGUUUACAUCCUUGUACAGGUUCCUCUAUUUUUAAACUAUGUCUUCUUUAGAUGUGGCCAUCAUUUCUUUUACCUAGGAGAUUAUUUCUGAGUUGAGUUCCUUUAUAGCUUUCUGGAGUUAUUUCUUUACUUUACUUGCUAUUAUUUCGAGUUUCAGGUGUAUGGCUUACAUUUUCUUCUAUGUCCGUGUCUCCUAGGCUUGCCUGGGAUGGGCUGGAGGUUGAAAUUACAUUUUGCGCUUUCAUUUUGUGAUUUUCCUAUAUUCCCUUAGGGAAGCUGAAGGCAAGGUCUCAGUUGUUUCUCUCUCUCUCUUUUUUUUUUUUUUUAAAGUACUGGGGAUUGAACUCAUGACCUCAUGUUUACCAAGCAGGCACUUAAGCCACUGAGCUAAAUCUCCAGCCCUCAGUUGUUUCCUGGGUUGAGAACAUCUAUCUCUACUGCAGGAAUUUCCCCAGUUGAGUGUAGGUCCUUAGACAUACCUUACCAGGUGGCUCCCAGCCACUUGGGGUUAUUGGGCGAACCCCAAGUAGACCCGGAGGGACCUUCCUGAGGAUCCUCUAGUGAUGGGGGAUGCUGCACAGUCCUCCCAGUCUCCAAGUGAUGUGCACAGGCUGCUCAAGGGGAUAGAGAUCUCUCCGGGGGCUUUUGGCUCUCAAGGCAGAGUGCAGGCAGCUCCAGGCCACUUGGGGGUCCAUAGUUUUAACUUUCAACAUAUCCUAAAUUCUGACAACACAAAGGAGAUUUAAAAACAUAUGCUACUUAAUUAAAACUUUUCUUUUUUUCUAGGUUACAGUUCCUCUCAGUCAUCUUAUCAGUGCCUUCCAUUCACCAAAACCCGUGACUGUUUCAGUCAGUGCAUCAGUUUCUCCAAACAAGCAUCGAGAUGUAGUUCCAGAACAUGAGGCUGCUGGCAGUGAGCCUGCACUUAAUUUAAGGGACCUUGGAUUGUCUGAAUUAAAAGUUGGACAGAUUGACCAAUUGGUAGAAGAUCUACUUCCUGGAUUUUACAGAGGCAAAAGUAUUUCUUCCCACUGGCACACAUCUCAUAUCUCUGCACAGUCCUUCUUUGAAAAUAAAUAUGAUAUGUUUAGUGCUUUACGUUCCACUUGCUUGUUUCGACAACAUCCAAGAACUCUUCAAAGAAUUUGUUCAGAUCUUCAUUACUGGCCAGUUUUUAUACAGUCUCGGGGUUUUAAAACUUUGAAAUCGAGGACACGACGUCUGCAGUCCACCUCUGAAAGAGUAGCAGAAACACAGAAUGUAGCACCAUCCUUUGUGAAGGGGUUUCUUUUGCGGGACAGAGGAUCAGAUGUUGAGAGUUUGGACAAACUCAUGAAAACGAAAAACAUACCUGAAGCUCAUCAAGAUGCAUUUAAAACUGGUUUUGCAGAGGGUUUUCUGAAAGCUCAAACAUUAACACAAAAAACCAAUGAUUCUUUAAGGCGAACUCGUUUAAUUCUUUUUGUUCUGCUUCUGUUUGGCAUUUAUGGACUCUUAAAAAAUCCAUUUUUAUCUGUCCGCUUCCGGACUACUACCGGGCUUGAUUCUGCAGUAGAUCCUGUUCAGAUGAAAAAUGUCACUUUUGAGCACGUUAAAGGAGGAUGCUGGUAGCUGUGAAGGUACUUCAAAAGGAGAAGUUGAGGCCUACUGCUAUUAUACGGGAGGUCAGCAUCCUAAAGGACCUUCAGCACCCCAAUAUCAUCAAGUUGCUGGAAGUGUCAGAAAAUAGUACCUGUGUGUUCCUGGUGUUGGAGUAUGCGCGCGGGAAAGACCUGCAGCGCUUUAUCAAGUUUGCUGAGACACAGAAGCUGGAGGAAGAGAGGGCCCGGCUGAUAUUCCGAGAACUCCUGGAGGCUGUGCAGUACUGCCAUGACAGCGGCAUCAUCCAUGGGGACUUGAAACCGGCGAACAUAUUAAUGGACCGUGAAGGCCACCCCAAGCUCAGCGAUUUUGGCUUGGCUUUCAGGUUCCUUCCUGGCCAGGAGGUGACCGCGUGUGGAUGCACCCUACAGUAUGCUGCCCCAGAGUUAUUCUUAAAAAAGAAAUACCAAGGCCCACCACUGGACAUUUGGUCUUUAGGGGUAAUUUUAUUUGAGAUGGUCGCUGGGGUACGCCCAUUUAGUGGGACCAAAACAGAAUUGAUGAAGAAUGCCCUAAAGGGGCAAUACCAGUUUCCCCAGCACUUCUCCAAAGAGGUGCAAAGCUUAAUUAAGGGUCUUCUCAACCCUGACCCUAGCAUGCGUCCUACCUUGGAGCAAGUAAGGCAGCAUCCAUGGCUUCGGCUUGAAUCUGUCCCUUGUCGACCUCCUCACCUGCUCCCCAAAGCCAAAGAAAGGGCAAUAGUGGACUUUUUGGAUGGGAAGGGGUACAACCCGCUGAAGGUGAUUGAUGCAGUGAAGUACAGAAAAUACAAUCGGUACAUGGCGCCCUUCCUGCUACUACGGGGCAUGGCACUCCGGAAAUUCCACUUCGGGUCUGAGGUGAAGCCCACACACAAACGUGAGGCUGAACAUCUGUUUGAACAGUCCACAAACAAAGGUGACAAUCUGCUAUCUGCAUCUCCUCCCCCUGUAGCUGCCCCACCAGCUAGGAGGGCCAGUGAGCCCUGCCUCUUCACUGGCCACUUCCUCCCCGAGGUGAAGCCUCUCGGCCAGCAAAGGAAGACAGUCUCCCUGCCAACUGACAUCAGCAGGACUCCCCCUGCUCGCACAUCCUGCCAGCCCGGUCCAAACUUUAUUGGUACCUCUGGCCAGCCAGGCCCUGCUUCUCCCAUCAAGUCCUAUCAUCCAGAACCUGCUACCCCUAAAGCAUCCCGUCAACCAAGCCCUGCUUCUCCCAAGUCCUACUAUACAGGACCUGCUACCCCUAAAGCAUCCCGUCAACCAAGCCCUGCUUCUCCCAUCAAGUCCUAUCAUCUAGGACCUGCUACCCCUAAAGCAUCCCGUCAACCAAGCCCUGCUUCUUCCAUCAAGUCCUACCAUUCAGGGCCUGCUACCCCUAAAGCAUCCCGUCAACCAAGCCCUGCUUCUCCCAUCAAGUCCUACCAUUCAGAACCUGCUACCCCUAAAGCAUCCCGUCAACCAAGCCCUGCUUCUUCCAUCAAGUCCUACUAUCCAGGACCUGCUACCCCUAAAGCAUCCCGUCAACCAAGCCCUGCUUCUCCCAUCAAGUCCUACUAUCCAGGACCUGCUACCCCUAAAGCAUCCCGUCAACCAAGCCCUGCUUCUUCCAUCAAGUCCUACCAUUCAGGGCCUGCUACCCCUAAAGCAUCCCGUCAACCAAGCCCUGCUGUUCCCAUCAAGUCCUGUAAAACCAGCCGUGCCCCUACUGAGUCAUACUGGCAGCCCAACCCUGCCUCUCCCGGUGAGUCCUUCCAGCACAGCCCUGGGACUCCAAAUGCUGCCUUCACUGCUGCCCCAGCCCCUGUCAGCAGUAGGAGGUGGGGCUGGAAAACUGUCAAGAGAACCAUGAGAGACUGCCUAAGGGCCCUGUGCUGCUGCCCCGUAUCGACAUGCAAGUGUCACAAACACAAGGUGGUCGAGGUGGAGAUCCAUGAUCCCUCCUAUGGACGUGGUCAUCCUGACAGCGAGGUCAGCCACGCAAGUGGAAGCCACAAGAACACGAAUUCACCUUCAGCCGGUUGUACCCCUUCCCAGCCAUAAUGUGCAGUAUUGCCCUUUCUGUGGCUUUGGGGAGCAGUUGAGGAGGAUGACAAGGGAUAGAUUCCAGCCGAAGCCAUGGAUGAUGCCUUACUUGCUCCAAGGGUUCUCCAGGUGAUCAGGUGACUGAUUGCUCCACUCCUGAUUGGUCAGCUUCCCAACCUGAAGAAGAAUCUUGCUUGGAACCUGUCAAAAUCCCACCUCCAUUCCUCCUCCUCAGCCCCACAUCACAAGCAUCGCAGCAGUAUGAGUCAAGGCCUCUCCAGGCAAGAGACAUUUGACUCUGAAACUCAGGAGAGUGGAGACUCUGCCUACUUGCAGCCAAAAGAUUAUUCCCGUGAACACAUGGACCACUAUGCCCCACAUUGUGAUCACAACCACCGAGAUGAGACCCAUGGGAGCAGUGACCACAGACACAGAGAAUCUCGACACCGUUCCAGGGACAUAGAUCGAGAGCAGGACCACAAUGAGUGCAACUACCUGCAGAGCCAUCAUAAAUCCAAAUAGGGAUGUUUACGUCCGCCAAUGACCUUCGCCUUUUUCUGCUUUUUCCAUGGUUUUGUGUAAUAGCACAAACAAAACUUUUCAAGUCUACCCUCAGUCAUGUGACCCGUCUUGUAUAUUUUGUAUUGCUGUUGCUUCAAUAGCAAUGGCAUGAAAUUAAGAGCAUUAAUUUCCAUUUUGAUUUUCCUAAGUGCUAUACACAUUUGCCUGGUGCAGCUGCAGUCCUCUGGUUUUACACUAGACCCUUCAGAAACUGGUUUGGGUAGCUGUUACUUGGGAAAAACCUGCCAUCCCAACAAUGUUAGUGUUUCAAGAAAUAUAGGUGUAUCCAGCAAUCGAGAAGUAACACAGAUCAAAAGUGGAAAUUGUUUCGCCAGAUUUUUAAUACUGAGACACCUGAUGAGCAUAUUCAUUUAUUUAUUCAUGGACCACUGUUUCUUGCUUGUACCUCUGGCUGACUAAACUAGGAACAGAUUCAGUCUUGCAAGAUUGUUGCAAAAAACAGAAAAAAAAAAUUCGUCUUCUACUUGAAAAAGCCCAUCUAAAUUUAAAAAAUAUAACUAUUCUUCCGGGAGAACAUGGCGGACAGAUAACAGCAACUACCGGAGGCUCUCUGAAAAACUAGGCUCAGAAGCCAGGUAUGGUGCGGACUAAAGAGACAUAAGCAGGUGGAGUUAUGCUCUGCUGACUCAGGAACGAAGUCGGCUGAGAGAAACCAACUUGGAAUGCAGUCCUGGUGCUAAAACAGGAACAGAAAAGCCUCUGCUGGACCCCGCGCCAUUGGAAGCCGCGAGUUGGGUUUCCCACCGCGCGGUGGCUGGCUGCCUCCAUAUUGGCUCAGGAAGGAGAGAGACACACAGAAACUCUGAGAACGGGAGUCUGCGAACGGAGUCGAAAACAGGACGGGCAGGGAGGCAUGUUCUGACUUGUGGCGAGGUCAGUGAGAGAAACUGACACUCGACCACAGUUUGAGUCCAGCGGACUUUCUGGGCCCGAGCAGUCCUGCGGGAGCAGGGCGCGGUGGCGACUCCAGCCACACAUUCCCCUCUCGGGCAGGAUUGGUGAAAAGUGCCUGGCCUGUGUGACGCUGCUGGCGGACCCCGUAGGCUGGGCCAACCCAGAUCCCAGAGCCCGACGGAGGCAGGGAGGGGCGGGCCCCGCGUAGGCUGCCUGGUGCGCAGAGGUGAGUGGGAACACCUAACCGGCGCAAUUCAAUCAGGCUGUGGCUGACAGGGAGAGAAGCUGGGCCUCUCAUAUAAGCUUGCAUAUAUAAGGAACAGGGAAUAUGGGAAGAGGCAGCAACAAGAAAGGCUCCUCGGCCCCCAACUCUGAGAAACAGGCAAUAGCAGACACCGCACCAAUAGACAUAAAGUGCCAUAUAGAGAGCCUCAUAGACCAAUUCAGGAAUGAAGUUAUCAAUGACCUGAAGCUAGAAGUAUGCAAAAUUGUUAGAGAAAUGCUAAGUACCACCCAAGAAAAAACAGAUGGUGGAAUGGAAGAAGAGAAAAAGAGGGGAGAAUUGUUUGAUGGAGAUAACAGGGAAAUUAAAGAAUACGUGAAGCAGGUUCAAAGGGACUACCAAGAAACUAAGAAGUCUAUCGAAGACUGGCAUAACAGCUUGAAAGAAACUAAGGACAGACUAUCUGAACUGGAGGGCAGAAUUGUAAUAUGGGAGAAUGAAAUGAAAAACUUCUUUAAAAUAAUAAAGAAACAAACAGCAAUAAUACAAAGACAAGAAGAUGAUAAGAGGAUCCAUAACUUAAGGAUUAAGAACAUAAAAGAAGAAGUAGGGACACAAACAAAUGAACUACAAAAGCUACUCACAGAAAUAAUCCAGGAGAAUUUUCCUAAUUUAGCAAAAGGUAAAGAUACUCAGAUGUAUGAGGCAUACAGGACCCCAGCUACCUACAACCCAAACAGAGCAACACCCAGGCAUAUAAUAAUAAAAAUUCCAGAAAUUCAAUACAAGAACAGAAUAUUAAAAGCUGUCAGAGACAAGAAACAGACCACUUACAAGGGAGCACCCAUCAGAAUUACAGCAGAUUUCUCUGCACAAACCAUCAAAUCACGAAGAGCAUGGGGGGAAAUAAUUCAAGCUUUGAAAGAUAAUAAUCUCCAGCCAAGAUUGAGAUAUCCUGCACAACUGUCCCUGGAAAUUGAUGGAAAAACAAGGUGCUUCCAGGAUAAAGAGGAACUGGGGAAAUUUGCAACCACCAAUUCAACUCUAGAGAGAGUAUUACAGGAUAUUCUAAAAAAAGAAAAAUACAAAGAAUCCAGAAAUAGUGGAGGCCACAACGAAUGGAGCAGAGAACAAAGUGAAGAAGACAAACUGACAGCUACUGACAGAAUAAGAGCUCAACAGAAAUGAGGCAGAGAAGAUUGGAUGAUAGGAACAGCUAUUUUGGAGAAAAUGACAUCUUAAUAGGUAAUACUGAUUUAGUAUCAUCUUGUUUUGAAGUCUCAUCUAGCUUUUGUCCUUCUGUCUCCAAUGGUCUAAAUAGGUUGUAUCUUACUGGAUUUUAUUAUGUAUGAUAGUAUAAGCAAAAACCUUUUAAAGACAAGGAGAUUAUACAGAAACCAUUAUUCAUUUUCUGUUAGUCGAUUCUAAAUACUCUGUAAUGCUGUCAUUCUCUUAAAUGGUUUUACAUUGUUUUGACAUACUUAAUGCUACAGUAUACGAAGUUGUACUCAAGGAUUUCAGGGAAAGAGACAAUAUGGUAACUACUUUUAGGUCAGGAUUAUCUGGUGGUGAAACACUAUUCUGCUUAAAUGUUUAUGUUUUGAUCUGCACUGUUUCGUUUUUAUGCCCUCUUUUAUCUCAAUCUCCACUCCAUUAUUUACUUUUUUAUUUUUAUCCUUUUAAUUAAAGGAAAAAAUAGCAGGAUAUAUUAUAGUAACCCACUUUGACUUUCCAUUACCUCGAUUUAAAGCCCUGUAUUACUCUCACCAUCUGGUUUUUAACUGAUGUUCCCCUAUUCUGUUUUGCUGGAUAGUAUCAGGUUCGAAAAUUUAGGCAUCAGCUGUGAAGAUAAUGAGACUCAUUAUAAUGCCCAUUCUCAUUGACUUUUAUCUACUUUUGAAGACCUACAAUGUCUCCAAUGGUUUGGUUUUGUCGGUUUUAUUCUUUACUGUUUUGUUGAAUUGUAUUAUAACUAAUGAUAUAGGCAAUUCUAUUAGAGAUAGCGGGAGGCAUUAUGGUAACCAUUGUUGAUCACCUUGUAUUAUGUUUUCACAUUAUCUAUUAUGUCCACCCUUUUGACUUGACCGAUUGUGUUCUGUUAUGUCCCAUUUGGUUUUACUCUCUUCCAAAAAAGUAAUAAGAACCGUGGGAGCAAUGAAACCCAAAUUGUACAAAAGAGAGGAAAAGAAAGUGCUCUAAACUAUAUAAUUGCAUGUAUAUUUAAGUGUAUAAGAUAGAAAAUGAUAUCAGAGUUUUAUUGGAUCAUUGAACAGAACUGUUUGCAGUAUCAUUGAUGGAAUGUCCACUUUACAAGCUUUAAUUUUGUGACUUGAACAAUUAUUUCUAAGAUGACAAUAUGUAAUCCAUUAACUAGUGAUUUCCUACUGUUCAUUUUUUUUUCUGCAAAUCUGUAUAACUUGUACCCUUUCUCUGCUUUUUUUUUCUUUUCUCCUUAAAUAGAAUUAAAAAAUAAAUAAAUAAAAAUAAAACAAUAACUAUUGUGCCCAAUGUGACUGGUGAUUAUAGAGAUAAAAUACAAGUUCUUGCAUGUGCUGUGGAUAUCUGGGAGACUAUGCCGCACAAUUACUUUUGUUACCUAUGAAAAAGCCUCUUUUUUUUUUGUUAAGUAUGUAAUUUCAGUAAAACGGUGGCCUGCCAUGUGGGCAAUGGCCCACCCUGGGACAAAAAAAAAGCAGUGUGCCAUCUGGAUAAAACCUGCCUCUGAUCCAGAAUGCCAAAACCAUGUUUUCCUUUUGUCCCACCCUAAUUGGACAACCAGAGAUGAGGAGAUUCCUUAUCGGUAUCGCCAGUUCUUCUCAGUAGCCAUUAGGGCACCCCAGAAAACCCACCAAUUUGCCCAAGAGAGCAGAGGUGAGGCAAUUGGCUCAACAGAGACUUAUUAGUCUCCCUCGGGGUUUUUUGAAAAGAGUGCAAAAGCCCUAUCACAUUUAUACACCAGUAGUGGCUAAAAAUGCAAGGGCCAUUAAUAUUGCCUUUGUAACCCAGUCGGCCACUGAUAUUAAGCAAAAAUUGCAAAAGUUUGAGAGAUUUGAGAAAAUGCCCUUCAAUCAGUUAUCAGAGGUUGCUUAAAAGAUAUUUGACAACCGGGAGGACCCUAAAGACCAGGCGUAAGAGGUUUCUGCUGGGCAGAAAAACUGCAUUGGCUGUUGGACUUUCCAUAAAAAAAUAAAAAUAAAUGACUCUUUCCUCCCAGCAGAUGCAAGCCAUCCAACAGAUUCCAGUGUCUGUGACUAAAAACCAAGUGCAAAAAUUUCUAGGAGCCAUAGGACUGAUGCAGAGUUUGGGACCCUGGCAGAGGCCUGUUGCCUAUCUUUCCAAGAGACUUGAUUAUGUGGCAGCCAGAUGGCCACCUUGUCUGUGGGUGUUUUCCUCGGUAGUCAUCCUGAUAGAGGAGACACAAAAACUGACUUGUGGACCAAAAUUCUUAAUUGUCUCCUCCUAUUCGCUGGAGACUCUCAUCAAGCCUCCACCGGACCAAUGGCUGCCCAACUCCCAAGUCAUGCAUUAUCAGGCAUUACUUCUAGAUCUGACUACCAUCAGUUUCAAGGGACAGCGGCUUCAAACCCUGCUACUCUGCUGCCUGAUGAUGCCCCUCCUUGCCCCUCCACAUCUGUAUUGGGGACCAGACUUGACAGAUGAGCCACUAUUCAGAGUUCCUUUGUAUUUCUCCGAUGGAAGCAGUUAAAUUUAUCCAGCCCACUGAGAGGACAAACACCCUGCUGUAGAGCCUGAGUCGCCGGUGCUCAUCAACAGGCUUCACCAUGGAUCUCUUGAGCCAUUGAAAAGGUCCCUACAUUGUAGUCCUCAGCACUCCAACUGCUAUCAAAGUAGCCAGAAAGCCUACCUCGAUGCAUCAUUCCCACUUCAAGCAGGUCCUGGCUUCCAAAGGCGAUCAACCUACAGAUAAGUGGACUGCCAUUCCCUCCAAGGACUCUUUAAAGCUCAGGAUUGCCAAAUGUAACUAAUAAUCUUAUGUUCUCCCUUAUGGAGACCCCAAGGAGGCCUCUAUCUGGCUUUUAAAAAAUUGUUAAUUAUGUGACAAAACAGUGAAUUUAAAUGUUGGUUUUCUUUCUCCUUUUGGUUUAACAGCUUUAAUAAUGGUAGCUGCAAGAACUUUGUUAAUCUUCCUAUUGGGCCUUGUAUUAUACACAGAUUAGUAAACUAUGUCAAAGGUUCAAAUUAUACAGCUUAUGAUUUUAAAGACGCAAGGUUAUAAACAGGUACCUAUGUCUGAAAACCCAUGAGCCAAUGAUUUGGUGCACUGACUAAAAUCAGUGGGGAAAGCUGUACACUAGCUAAAAGAGCUUUGUUAUGUUUGUAUUAAGCCAAAGUACCUGUUAAGCCGCCUACUGUUUUGUAUGCAUUUCCCCCCCUCUGGGUGACCUAACUGAUAUGUUAAUCAAUGCUCCCUUCUGUAAAAAAUUGUAAAUCCCGGGAACCUAAACUAAUUGAUAUGUUAACCAUUGUUGCCCUCUACUAAUAACAGAUGUGGUGCUAAAAUCAGCUGACAAAGAAUUAACUAAUGCUAGACUACUCUGUCCUCUGCUAAGGAAAACAUUUCCUUAGCAGAUUUCCUGAUCCACCCCCAUAAUCCCUUUACUUUGUAAACUCUGCUCUCUACAAGAGGCUAGAAACCCUUAAGGAGGACACACAGCUUUUGCAAAUUCCAACUGCACUGUGUUACAGGGCCCAGGAUAAAAUAAAUCAGCGCUGCUUUUUGAAAAUAAAAACAUGUCUUGCCCAUUUUUGAACUUGAGUUUAGGCUUUGGGGGGCUUGUUUGUGGAUUACAAGAUUUAAUGGCAUAUUUUUAUUAUUUUAUUCUUUCACAUGUUAUAUUAGUUGCUAAAGUUACUGGUAUUCCUUGCUUAACUAUAUUUAGACAAUAGCACCACAGAUGAUAAUAGAACACCCUCAACAGUCUUUAAUAUAAAUUUCUAUUAAAUGGUUCUCUUAAAUGAAAUCUAGUUCAGACUUAGAAAACUUACAUGCCUACAAUAAAACAUGGGACUCGUUCCACCAUUUAAGAUGCACUAGGCUGGUGGCCAUGCUUCGGACUUGAAGGACAGGUUUCACUGAGACAGACUGGCUCUGAUCCUCCUUUAUCCUCCAGAGGAAUGUCAAGCCUGUUCUGCUUCAGUUUCCUUUGUUUCACUUUACCUCUUACUCUCUUCCCACUUUACAUUUUCCUAAUAAAGGCAUAUAAAAGUGGGAAAAACUCUAGAUUAUUCCAACCUUUUCCUUCUGAGUUAAGCCCAUAGAAAAUGAGCAUUUGCUAAUGCCAAGGACAGGGAAGUCAUCUUAGAUGAGGGACACAUACUCCAUCUCUGAAUCAGAUGAGACAUCAGAAUUGUGCCCAUUCAGGAGAAUACACAUGAAAGCUGUGUCCCAGCUCAGUGUUCUGGGCAAAUCUCCUUUGGAAAUUAAACCCAAGACACAGUGGGGAGAACCAGUUUCCAUGUGGCAAUGGAAGCAGCUAUCCUUAAAAGCAGCACACAUAGGGGACCUAAACCUAUUUAGAAUAAGGAGACUUUCCAACCUCUCAAAUUAUGGACUUAAAAACCUUUAUUAUAAAUUGAUAAAGAAGUAGGUAAUGAUCUUGCUCAGUCUUUUAAUUAUCCCUCAUAGAAUUUUGACACACAGUGGUCACUGUGCCAGCUAAUUAUCCUUAUAGCAACUGCCACCCUCAAAAUCAGAGGCUAGCUUUCCCCAGCAUCUGUUUGGUGAAUCCCCAUGGAAGCCAGUGGCCAAUGGAUUCAACAGAAUGUUGACCAGACAGGCAGCUGGAUUCCUUUUUGGAGACUGAUUUCUGGUUAUCUGAGGCAAUAGAAACUGAGAACUGAGGGUUCCUGGCCAGAGCAACACCCUGGUUGGCACCCAACAUUUCCUCAAUGGACAUUUGCUCAUGACCAUUUAAAAUCUCCCCUUUUCUAUCAUUCUUAUUUCUCUGCUAGUAGACUAAAAACAUUCUAAACUUUUCAAUAGAUCUUCAGAUCACUUAAACUACCCGUCCCUUCAGAGAUUAUACUGAGGUAGCUUGCAAUGAUUGCUUACAUUCCAUAGCAGCUAGUAGGGAAAUGAUUUACCUAUGUUAAUUAAAAGUAAAUAGACUUGAGCAAUUAUUACUUUUUUUUUUUAUGUAUUUUUUUUUUGUCUUUUUCAUUUUUAUCGGUACCAAGGAUCGAACUCACGACCGCCUGCUUGCAAGGCAGGUGCUUAUGCCGCUGAGCUAAAUCCCCAGCCCUUGAGCAAUUAUUUCUAAGAUGACAAUGUGUAAUCUAUUAUCUAGUGAUUUCUAUUUUUUUGAAAUUCUGUGUUACUUGGACUCUUUUUCAGUUUUUUCUUUUCUCUUUAAAUAAAAGUUUUUUCUUUUGUCUUUAAAUAAAAUUUUUAAAAAUGUAACUAGGAUUUUUUGUGUGACUAGAAGACUGAUGUGCCUCUUUCUAACUUAAAAUGUGACUGCUAGAUGAUAAUUUAUAAAUUUAACCUGUGAGCUUCAAAGAUACAGAAAUCUAAAUGAAGUAUAACCUUGUCCUGUUACGAAGAAAGGUUACCUAGAUAAGUGAGAAACAAAUGUCUGGAGACUCUUGCCCAGAUUAAGGAGUAAUGCUCCUCCAGUCAGUUGUUCUAUCUAUCUCUAGAGGAGAGUUACUCUAAAAAACCUGAAAAGUACUCUACCACCAAUUCACCUUUUAAUGUAUGCUCCCUUAUAAUACAUGCUUACAAAGUCAUGCUUCCUUCAUUAAACAUUCUUUAUGGAAACAAAACUCACGAGCUAUCUAGCAAUAUAGGAUUGUGUGCCAGGUCCAGGGUGGAUAAGCUGACAGAAUCUAUCGUCCAUUCUCUCCAGAGGGCAUUCACCUGCCCUGGAGCAGUUUCAACCCAAGAGACACGUGGGGAACAUCUAUCAAAUAGGAAAAAAAAGGACAUCUUAUUUUAACUCAUUUUAUGCAUAACUAGAUAGCUCAAUAUCACUCAUAGCUCAUCAAACGGUACUUAGUUCAAUGCCUGGGUACAGAAAAGGUUUCAUACUUAUGCCUUGCUUUUACUUUAUAGACAUGGACAACAAAAUGCCAAAGCCCCUUCUCCUUUGGAACACAUUCUUAGGCACUAGAUGUUCAAGCCUUCCAUGCUGAAAAAGAUCCAAUUGGUAUUUCUCUGCAUGAGUGUGUGGCCUACCUACCCCCUAGAGCCUUAGUGGAAUACAGAGGUAAGUAUUAAUUAUGAUCCUCUUUUACAACCAGAGACAUACCAUGACAAGCAGGAAAAAUGGUCAGUGUUGUCCUACAUUCAGACUUUCUAUGCAUUGGGAAAUAUUUCUUAUUUAUACUCUAAAUGUAAAUGUUAGCCACAGGAAAACUCUGCACCUCGGGCCCUUAAGGCAUCUUCUCCCCAAGAGCGGAAAAUUGCACCUCCUGAACCGUUAGAACCUGAGGACAAAAUAGCCUUAAUCAAAUCCCCCCCCCCUUUUUUUACUGAACCUAAGGUUUCCCCCACCUGCCCUUCCAGCCUUAAGGAUAAAGCUUCUAGGCCAGCUGUAAUCCAGGCCUCUCCAGGACUAUACCCAUCCUUAGCUGAGUUUAAGCAAGCUCCUCAAGGGCAGUAUCCUUUGCAGGGAGUACAUGGAUGAUCUGGAACUUCCAGAGUUCAUGUACCUUUCUCUCUUGGUGACCCAAGACAAAUAAAAUUAGAUCUUGGCAAAUUUUCAGAUGAGCCUGACAAGUACAUUCAGGUCCUUAGAGGACUUACUCAGGCAUAUGAAGUAGAUUGGAAAGAUGUAGUGUUACUCUUAAAUCAGACAUUCACUUCUAGUGAGAGACACGCAGCAUUACAGGCUGCUAUUGCCUUUGGAUAUGAAUACCAUAUUGUCAAUUUUAGAAGGCCAGAAGAUAAAGGGAAAUAACUUUAGCAACUAGUUUAAAUUUAACUUGUGCAAGAAUAAAAUAAUAAAAAUAUGCCAUUAAAUCUUGUAAUCCACAAACGAGCCCCCAAAGCCCAAACUCGAGUUCAAAAAUGGACAAGACAUGUUUUUAUUUUAAAAAAGCAGCACUGAUUUAUUUUGUCUUGGCCCAGCGACACAGUGCAGUUGGAGUUUGCAAAAGCUGUGUUCCCACUGGAUCACAAACAGUCCCUAUGCAAGACUCUUACUUGGCCCACAACCAGGUGGGUGAUUGGAUUAGAAAAUAUUUCUAGACAUGUGUUCUUGAAGGCUGAAGAAGAGUGAGAACUAAACCAUUCAAUUAUUUUAAGUUAUCAGUUAUUCAACAAGAAAAGAAGGAACAAUUUUCUGCCUCCUUAGAUGGAUUAUGAGAGGCAUUGAUAAAGCAUACUUCUUUAGAUUCUGAUUCAAUAGAGGGACAAAUUAUCCUUAAAGAUAAGUUUAUUACACAGUCAGCCUCAGCUAUUAGAAAAAAGCUACAAAAGAUGGCUUUUCCUCCAGAUACUCCACUUGAUACUUUAUUUAUUCAUUGAUUUUGUGUGUGUUGGAGUUUGUGGAUCAAACACAACCACACAUUGGCCAGGCAAGUGAUUUUGCCACUGAGCUAAAUCCCCAGCUCACUUGAUACUUUAGUAAAAGUUGCCUCCUCAGUAUUUUAUAACUGUGAUGAGAGGGAGGUCAAAGAGAGAAAACAAAGAGACUGAGAAAAAGCAGCUGCUUUUGCACAGCAUUAAGAGAAACAGACCCUAAGUCUGAUUCUCAGGUCUCCAAGAAGAGCUCAACAAUGACAUUCACCUGCCAUCACUGCCACAAGCCAGGUGACCUUAAGAGGGACUGCACUCAAAAGCCCCCUGGGCCAUGCCCUAACUGCAAAGGUGACCACUGGAUGUCAGACUGCCCUCUCAGCCCAAGGCCCCACCAGGGUUCAGAUUCAUCCUACCUUUACCUCUUAUCAAAAUAACAAAUACACCUCAAAACCUAGGCCUCAGUCCGCCUGAAAUGCCUUAUGGAUGCCCUUUCCUCACUGAUGAUUUUCUCUUUGUCAGAGAAACAGAUGCCUUAUAAAAAGACAUCACCUCAUUGGCUAAACUCCAACAAACUCUUCAAGAGCUUACAGAAGCUCAGCCUACAGAGAAAGGAAAACCUAUCUUCCACCCUGGAGAUUUAGUACUGGUAAAAUCCCCUCCCUCAUCAGCCAUUUGGAAGGACCUUACACUGUGAUCCUGUCGACUUCUUCCAUGCUGAAGACAAUAGGCCUGGACACUCGGAUGCAUCACACCUGACACAAACCCUGGAAACUUGAGACUAUCACUGGAUGUGAACAACCACCCACAUACUCCUGUGAACGCACAGAAGACCUAAGAUUCCUCUUCAAGAAGAAAACAAAGACUUCAGACUUAGAGCUAUAUGUCUACCCAAGAUGAAAAUGCCUGGUAUCUAUUGGGGGCCUCUAGACAGGAUCUCUGCAGAAGUAUCUCUGACUGCUGGUCACCACUACAACCCUCUUCAGCCUGAAGAAGCCAGAUCGGUCAUCACCCAUGACACCCUCAUGGCAGUUCUGGUUACUUCUUCAGAGAGGGGACUGUUAUAAGCAGCUGAGUUAGUUAGAAAUACUACAGGAAGUGAGACAGGGCUAGGUCCUCAAAGGAGCCAGUGCAGAAGCUCAGAUACCUUGCAACUAAGGGGAAGACAAGCACCUCCUGCUGUGGGCCAAGCCUCAAGAUAAAAGACCAUACAAAUAUAUCCAUAUCCUAAGGAGUGAAGUUCUAAAGAGUUCCCUAGCACCCUGAGGAAGUAAGGAGUGACAUUCCAAACCUUUAGGGAAGAUUCACUGCUCUCUUAAGAAUUCCUGCAUUCUAAGUGAUUCCCUUCCCCUUUUGUCCCCAGUUUAAUCAAUUUUACCUGAACUAUUCAUCUUAUUGGUUAGUCAUAGUUUUGUACCACCUUAUGCCCAUCUGGCUUGUGAGUACCCAGUUUCCCUAUGUUAAACUCUUUUUAAUGCCAUGAUUUUACUCGAAGAGUCUUUAGAAAAAAUAGAGUCCCUGGCAACCCGCUUGGGACCCCUUUUGUCUCUCUCUCAGACAGAAGCUUGCUUUCUCUCAAUAAAUAUAUUCUACUCUUAA